CUCUUUAGCUGCCACGUGCAAAACGUGUGAGUCGCACGCCCGACGAUAAGUCGCGAGUCUCAAGCGCCUCUCAUCCGUGCCAGGGCAUAUCUACGCACGCUUGAGUUCUCCCACACGCGUGAAAAGUGAAAACCCUAUCCCUUCCACAUCCUCGCCGUGCACCACCGCUGCACCGCCGGGUCUUCGCCGGAAACCUCCAAGGACCUGUAAAAGAACCCGCCCUUUUCAAUUGCACUUGACGGAGCUCUGCCGGUGCUUUUUCUUCUUCUCUUUCAAGGUCAAUUGCCGGAAUAUUCCCCCUUCCCUGCUCUUUGGAUCUGGCUUGUUGAAUUGAGACGCCGUGAGCGAUGUCAAUCUACGCAUGUUAAGGAAAUUAGCAGCUGUGGUUCAGCCAUGUAUCUGGAGUCUGUCUCGAGAUUUGCUAACUAUGCAUGAUGCUGGGAGAUUUGAGCAUGACUUAAAUAGUUUAUCAAGAUUAUAUUGAGAUGUGCAUGUGACUCUUUGGGGAGGGAGGGAGACAUAACUGGAGGUAGAAUAUGGCUGCAGAGAUGCAUAGAUAUAGCACCAAUGAAGAAGAUGAAGAAAUGGGGAUGGAUGUGAAAGAGGAAGAUGAUGAGGAUGAAGAAGAAGAAGAGGAAGAAAAGAGCUUAUCUGCUCCAGCAACUGCAGGCAUUGAUGGGGGGGUUGCAUCUAACAACAGCAGCCAUAGGUUCUUGCAUCAUCAGCAAUUUCAGGAGCAGCCAACCCCUCAAGGAGGAUCUCGUAGGUCUAGGCCACUAGAAGAGAAGGAAAGAACAAAGCUAAGGGAGAGACAUCGAAGGGCAAUUACUGCAAAGAUCUUGGCUGGCCUUAGAAAGUAUGGUAACUAUAAUCUUAGAGCCAGGGCUGAUAUCAAUGAGGUCAUUUCUGCAUUGGCAAGGGAAGCAGGUUAUGUUGUUCUUCAAGAUGGAACAACCUUUCCAUCCGGGUCACAUCCACAGGGCACAAGAGCUACUGGCCCAUCUACCCCAGUUGUGACUUCUCCAUCUUUAUAUAUGCAAGCACAAAAUUCUCAACCUGCAUCCUUGAGAACCAUUUCUUCUGGUUGUCAAGAUACAGUUGGUUAUAAUUCAGUCCAAAUGAAAAGUGUGUUUAUGCCCACUUCAUCUCGUUAUGAUGCACCCCUGAGUGGUCCAUCUCAGAUAUCGUCUAUGGUGGCUGAUGGAGGAGGUACACAGAAUGAUCCAUUUCUUGGAGGGUCCUUGGACUCAAACAAGCAGGUUGUUGACGUACCCACAAGGUUACAGGAGGAUGCUUUUGCUGGCACACCUUAUGUUCCUGUUUAUGUUAUGCUACCUUUGGGCAUCAUCAACAUAAAGUCAGAGCUUGUUGAUCCAGAUAGCGUAGUGAAGCAACUAAGAAUACUGAAAUCAAUCAAUGUUGAUGGAAUUAUGGUUGAUUGCUGGUGGGGUAUAGUAGAAGCUCAUGGACCAAAGGAGUAUAAUUGGGAUGGAUAUAAGAGCUUGUUUCAAAUUGUGCGUGAACUCAAGCUCAAAAUUCAGGUGGUGAUGUCUUUUCAUGAAUGUGGAGGUAACAUUGGUGAUGAUGUAUGCAUCCCACUGCCUCACUGGGUAGCUGAAAUCGGUCGAAGCAAUCCUGAUAUAUAUUUUACAGAUAGAGCAGGAAGGCGCAACCCUGAAUGUCUCUCGUGGGGUGUUGACAAGGAAAGGAUUUUCAAAGGCCGGACUGCUUUAGAGGUUUACUAUGAUUACAUGAGAAGCUUCCGAUCUGAAUUUGAUGAGUUCUUUAAAGAUGGUGUUAUCUCUAUGAUUGAAGUUGGAUUAGGUCCAUGUGGGGAACUAAGAUACCCAUCUAAUCCUGUAAAGCAUGGUUGGAGAUACCCAGGUGUUGGGGAAUUUCAGUGCUAUGAUCAGUAUUUGUUCAAAAGCUUGCACAAGGCAGCUGAAGAAAGAGGGCCCUUAAUUUGGGCACGAGGACCUGAUAAUGCAGGUUCCUAUAAUUCCAGGCCACAUGAAACUGGUUUCUUCUGUGAUGGUGGUGACUAUGAUGGAUAUCAUGGUAGAUUUUUCCUCAAGUGGUACUCCCAGAUUUUGGUUGACCAUGUUGAUAGGGUGCUUUAUCUGGCCAAGUUAAUUUUUGAAGGAACAUGCAUUGCUGUGAAGCUAUCAGGUAUUCAUUGGUGGUACAAGACAACCAGCCAUGCCGCUGAAUUAACUGCUGGAUAUUAUAACUCGAACACUCGGGAUGGAUAUGCUGCCAUUUUGGCAAAGUUGAAGAAACAUGGAGCUAUAUUGAAGUUCACAUUUACUGAGAUGAGCACAUUAAACCAGCACGUGGAGGCAAUGGGAGAUCCUGAAGGCUUAGAUUGGCAAAUGAUAAAUGCUGCUUGGGACGCAUGUUUACCAGUUUGCGGUGGGAAUUCGCUUCCCUGCCAUGACAGGGCAUCCUAUAACUAUUUACUGGAAAAAUCCAAGCCCAUGGAUCAUCCAGAUGGGCUGCACUUCGUUUCUUUUACCUAUCUUAGGCUCAGUCCUGUUCUCUUGGACGCUCAAAAUUUCAUGGAAUUUGAGCAAUUUGUGAAGCAAAUGCAUGGCCAGGCAGUUCUUGAUAUAGGCAUAGCUUGAGGAACACAAGCGCAUAUCCCCUCCGUUCUUUCCUGCAAGAAAACGGGGUUUGGGUGUAGAAUGGAGUCGUAUACUGUAGUACAAAUAUUGAUACAAGUGUUUGUGAAUGGGUGCAAAGUGUUCAUAAAUGACACACUCCUUUACAAGACUUGA